AUGGGGCUACAUAGACUUGACAAAUGUGUAGUACAGAAGGAACAGAUUGAAAGUGACCUUUAUGGAAAGUUUGCUGUCAUUUUGAAUGAAAAGAAAGCCAAGAUACGGGAGCUAAAGGAUAGACCCUCUGUUGAGAGUGUUCAGAUUGAUAACGGUGAUGAGGGAUCAAACCCCCGAGAUGAAGAGAGGAAGGAAGGAUUGAAGGAAGAAGGGGAUGAAGCUAUGGAUAUGGAGGAUGAUGAUACUGAUGAAGAAAGACAGAGAGAGGAAUCAUUUCGUAAGAGGAAGAAGAGGACGGCAGCUCUGACGCAAAGCAAAACCAAACAAAGGGACGAUUCGAGUAUGUUUGAUGAUGAGCAACCGGAAGAAGCUACCACAACAAGGAGAAGAAAACGGGAGCCCACAUCGAGGAAGACUGCUAGUAGCCAGAAAACUUCCAUUCCAAGAGUGCCUUCAGGAGGGACACCUUCAACGUCAAGGGCGCCCUCUCUCAGGAAAACUCCAUCACGAGAGAAGAGCCAGAGAGAGACAGAUAAUGUUGAUGAUCUUUUAGACGAGUUCUGA